AACAUGAUGAAAUUCGUGGUCUUGUAUUCAUUGGCACUGUGGUCGAUUCAGGAGGUUUUCGGUGAAGAUAACAUUAGAGGCACCUUCUGGGCUGAUAGAUCAGAUGCUGGUGGUUGUCAAGUGCCGGAAGGCAAUUACCGUAUUUGGGAUGCAAUAGCACUGGGACAAGAGUCCAAUUUGGGUUCACUUAUUUGGAGACAAGGCUUAUGUGGACAAGUGCUGGAUGUUGAUUGCGGCAAUGGCGUUGUACCGGCAGUCGUAGUAAGCACAUGCAAUUUAGGCUCUGGCUCUUGUGGUGUUGAUAUGAUUAGAAAGACCUGGGACAAAGCAACUGGGUGGAAGCCACCAGGCGUUGUCCAAUGCAGAGUGUCAUUGUCAAGAACGAAUCCAUUGAACGAAGAAGAAAAUGUUUGUUACCAUCGUCCAAAUUCAGAUAUUGGAAACAAAUACUUCACGAUUGUCGGCAUGCUCAACACCAGCGGAAGAAUAACUAGAAGUGCAAACAUUGAUGGUGUAGAAGGUACUCGAGGUAACGAUGGUUGGUUCAUUUUCAAUAGUGGUGGCAGACCUUUGUUUGAAGAUUGGGCUACUCUUACUUUUAUAUUUGAAGACGGUGGCAGUGUGCAACGCAAACUAAGCGAAUGCAGAAACGGACGAAACACUCAGAUAUUUGCAUAAGUGUGUCAAAGAUAGAAUUGUGAGGUACCAUUUGUGACUGCAAUCAACUAAAUUUGUCGAAUAAUCAAAUCUUUUAUUCAAUUCAUUCAAGAAAUUGGAAUGGAAAAAAUGUAAUCAAGAAAUAAAAUGAUGAACUCAGAAAAUAGUGCACAAAAUCUAUGAAAUAUUUUCGAUUUACAUAUUCGAUU